UUGCGGCGAGGUAGGCCUAGGCCCACUUAACUUAGUUUACAAUUACAUAAAUUUGUGUAGUGUCAGUAUCAUAUCAUUACCAAUACCUGAUUAGCUAUUCUUGCAGUUGCACGAAGUUGACAUGAUGGUGGAUCUUCGCGUUAAAGUUCGAAUUUGCAUCAGCCGUCCCUCCUCAUGGCUAUGGCUGUUACUGGUGUUUCAUUUCAUACUGCAAUCCGCGACGCUGCCUGUAACUACACCCCCAAGAACUGAAGCUGACUUAAUAUGUCAAUCCAAGUUGGGUGAGAUUUUUGUCUAUGACGAGGGAGUGGGGAUUUGCGUCUCUUGCAGAAGUUGUCAGUGUGCAUACAUCACAGGGAAUCCUCACUGUGUGAAGUGCGUAGACUAUGGCAUUCUACCCUGUCAAACUACUACUGCUCAGGUGACUGCUCAGAUCACUGCCCCAGUCACUGGUACUCCGCUGCAGGAAUCCACCCCAUCCCUGCAGACGUCCAUGCAGACCACAGAAGAGACACCAUUGAUGGCCUUUAUGACAACUAUGCAGCAAAACGAUACUGCCGAGACCAAUGCGAACAACGUGGAAAAGGCAACCUGGAGUACUGUAGUAGGCUUUCCAUUGAUAGCUGUAAUGGUAACAGUCGUCGGUGUUCCUAGUCUUGUGUUUGGGGUUUUCAUGUGGAAAAGGAGGCCUAGUACUAGUGGUGCAGCCCGCCAGCAGGUGCCUACACAGGAGACCGGCAAACGGGAACCUCACCCUAGCACCGACCUGACGGGUGUUAUACCUCCUAAUCAUGAGUUUUCUGAGAACGAGUCCUGUGUUUAGGACAGGCAAAUCCCUGAGGCUUCCGAUUCCAUAUCUCGUAGACAGAGUCGCCGUUUGUCUUUUGUGUAAAAACAAACCCUGAUCAUGAUAUUCACGGAACUAAAACUAUAACAGGGGCGGAUCCAGGAAUUUUGAAUUUGUUCAGGCCUGUCAUAUUUUAUUUCACGUCUCAGUGGCGUAACAAAAUCAUUUUUAGUUUGGGGUGGGGUUGGGGUGGGGUAGAUUAAACUUUCGUUAAAAGCGCACUCGGAAAUCAGUGCUGAAUUGUAGCCAGAUUAUUUUCCCCGGACACCUGGCCUCCAUACAAUCAAAAAGUACAUAAUACGUGUGUCUGUGUGUGCUAUGUUUAGGUUAGGUUGACUCUUGUCAGCACAAUGACUUGAGAAAUACUUUACUUAGGGAAGUUGAAAUUUGGUUUGUAGGUUGUUCUUGAUAGUCUUAAGGAGCCUGUUGCUUUUGGGGCCGACAGGUCAAAGGUCAAGGUCAUUCUAUACUUAAACAACAGAAUAUGUUGUCAGCACGAAUGCUUGAGAAAUACUUUAUUUAGGAACUUCAAAUUUGGUUUGUGGGUUGCUCUUAUCCAAUCUUAUCAAGCCUAUUGAUUUUGGGUCGAAGGUCAAGGUCACUUUUGCUAAAACAAUAGAAAUGUUCCAUUUUGGUUAGGGACACUGACUUUAUAAAAACUGCCAUCAUGCCAGGGAGAUUGCGCAGGUCUCACUUGCAUUUUAAUUCUUAAAAGUUUGUUUUUGCUUGCUCGUCCUGGUGUAUUAAAGCAUAGACCUAGAAUGCAUGCACAAUAGAUAAAUUGCAUAAUGUUCAUGUUGUUAAUAAUGAGUGUAAUAGGCGCUAAUAACACCUAGCCACUAUCGCAUCAUUGUUCUUUGUUCUAUAAGGCACAAUGAAGCGAUGAUAUAUGCCUACCUAUAAGUACAAAGGAAUAAUACUUGACAUUUUUGAAUGAACUGAAUGCUGAUAGGACAAUCUUUUUCUGCCAUGAUGGUGUACUGCCAGCCUAGCUGCUUAAAUGAAUAGGGUGUGAUUACCUUUCAUUUAGAAACAAACAAACAAAGAACCCAACAAACGAACAAACCAUACCCAAGAAAAUGACUGUUGAAAGUGACAGCAUCGAACACUAGUCUGUGUACUUUAUACCCUUUUAGACUGGUGUUCCGAGUCACAUGAAACUGAACUAUUUUGAAGGUUUCCAACACAUGAGUUACUUCAUGUGCAAGUCUUUGAAAGAUUGAGUGUUGGAUCGACUCCUCAGUCUAGUCCAUGGUAAUUGUGACAUAACCUUUGCCCAUCAGAUACUAAAAUUUGUUUUGGUUGACUACAGUUUCCUUGGGCAUCGCGAGGGGAGGUGGCAGGGGUGUGGGAAAAUGUCCCCCUGCUCACCCUCGAAAAAAAUUGAGAAUGUUCUGGAAAUGUACAGGGAUCUUGGGGGGGGAGAAUGUGCUUUGCCCCCACCCCUAGAACAAAUACUGGGGACGCACAUGACAUUUGCUUGUUAUGAUUUCUGAGUUGGUGUGAUUCUGGAAAGCCAGUUUAUAUAUUUGAAGUCAACACUCUCAUUGUCACAACCUAUAUUCCGUCAUGAAAGUCACCCAGCUGCAUUGGAGUUUUCUACAUUUUGAGACAAUGCUCAGUGCUCUGAUGAUCAAUAUCUUACAUGACAAUCCAUGAAGUUGACUUUACUAUAAUGCAGUCAGCAGGAAGCACUAGCAGAAAAAAGAUUGUCUUACAUGCAACCAAUAUUGCUUAAUCCCAUCUCUGGGCCCAUAUAAGUAUAUGCCAGUUCAAUAUUUUCCUUAAUUUUGAUUUUAGAAUUUAUCUCUUUUUUGGGGAAUUAUUUUAUGAUCCACCCAAUAUAUGAGUGACUGGUCACCAAAGCUACACAUUUUUGCAAAAUGGAAAUCAAGAGGAACUACUAACAUUUUCAUAUUCACUCAAAUGUUAAAUAGAGUGAUAUUUGAAUAUGCCCUAUUUCUUUAAAUUGAAAAUUAACCGGUUAGGGGGAAAAAGUUCCUUUAAACUCUGUUUUUUGAGGAUCCAGUCACAAUAUUAGGACUUUGCCUUUCUUCCAGUAGGUCCUGCGAUGGGAUUAAGUGGUAUGAUUGAGGCAGGUUUUGUCCACUUUAUUACAAAUUGAAGGGUAUGUCUUGCUGGUUUAAGAACAGAUGUGAUGUCUUGGACGUAGAUGGGCAACAGUUACAGGGGCCUUAUUGAGUGGUAGUGUCUGUUUCUUGCAAGCCAUUCUCCUUCCAUGUUGUAAUUUUGUUUGACAUCCUGCAAAAUGUUAAUAGAUUUCCUUGAAGACAGCAGUCUUCAAUGAGGAACCUUAUUAUAUUUAUGAUGGCAGACUCCCCGUGAAUUUAUCUCACAGGGUGUCAUGGGAUAUUAAUUAAUAGCAAUUAUCAAUAAUGUUGAUAAUUGUUGAAAGAUGGAUUUACUUUCUUUUAACUUGUCUUCACAAUAACAUUUUCAAGUUGUGUAACAUGGAUCUGGUGACCUUCUUAAGAUGGCACCAAAAGUUGCUUAUACUGCAGUUUUGGGUUUAUGCAACCUGCUCCAAGGCUGCAUUCUUAUUGUAACUUUGUUUUACUCCUUUUAUGUAACCCAUGCACACACAGCAAUUUUUAUUAAAACUCUUUGUUUUAGAGUUUAUAUAACAAUUAUGUAAACCUUUACAUAACACAAAAUAGGGCUAUAUAAGUGAGAGCAAAAUAAGUCUAAGGCAAUAUUUUGAGACCCUUGGCCGGAAGGACUGACGCAAGAGACCAGAAUCUUCAAUUCUGCUGGCAAGAUUGCCAGAUAGUUUCUACCGAUGGACCAAGACAUGGAGAUCGACCAUCGAACUCAAAACUCAGCUUAACUUUCUGUAGCUGAAGUUUUGGAUCUUGGCAUGCUAAAAUUGGCCAAGACUCGUCUGUGUACAAGGCAGUGCCAUCGCUUCACUCAAGGCAGCAGUCCAAGAGUCAAGUCAAGUCAAGAGCUACGGCAACGAGACCGCAUCCCGAGGAGUCGUCUCUUCACCAGUUCAAGCAAGCAAGCAAGCAAGCAAGCAGCUAAGUACAUGUACAUGAUCAUGAACUCAAAUGAACAAUCCAAUGCCGGCUCUUGCUCUCAAUUCAAUGACAAUGUUUCUACAAUGUUUUGUAAACUGUUAUCUGAGUAAUGUAUAUUCACUGUAAAUAUGUAGUUGAAAAGGUUAAAAGAAUAUAACCGAUAGUAAUAGCAAAGUACCUUUCUUUUGUUUAUGUGUGAUGAUUUUGUUGUUGAUUGCCAAGCGCGCGGUCAUUAUGGAUUCAUGCGUAACACAGGGAAAUACUUGCUUUUGGAUAGGCUUGGGUAAUUCCAACCCCCACCCCACCCUACCCCCCCCCC